GCUAUCUUCCCCACUUGACUUCUGUUGUCAAGAUUUGUGUCACCGUCCUUCGUUCUCCAAAUUAUCUAGUGCUCAGCCGUUGUGCGACAGCCAACAUGCCUUCCGGACAAGGAGUUGGAACCAAUCCUCUCCACAACAAGAAGCCGAAGAAGAAGGUCACUGAGGAGGAUGAAGACGACAAAGCCUACAAGGCUAAGGUGAUGGCCGAGAAGAAGGCUGCAGCGGAAAAAGCGAAGGAGUUGAAGAAUGGUGGCAAAUUGGGUACUGGCUUGUCAAAAUCCGGAGGGAAGAAGAAAUAAGAAUUUCUACGAGUUGCGGAGUGUGCUAGCGUCUGUCGUAUGAAUUGAACCAAUUGGAUAGGCAACAGUUGCUCGCCAGCAAAUCUGCUAGAUUUUGCUAAAUGUACGAAGCAUGUAAUGAAAUUUUACUUCUGUUGCACUUCUAGGUCUCGAAGAAUAGAAAUUUGCCUGUUCUCAUAUAGAUUGGAGCAUCGAUACUUUGAGUUUUAUACUCGUCAACACCAUUAGUUGUCGA